AUGCGAGGUAUAUCAGUUUCAGUCGGAACUCCAGCUCAAAACAUAGUGGUUCUUCCUUGGGCGGAAUUGAAUAAUACUUGGCUUUAUGAUUAUGAUUCAUUGUGCGAUGCCAGUAUUAUUUUCGACGAUACUAUCUGUCGGGUCCGUCGCGGUAACCUGUUCCUCGAAAAUGGAUCGACGACUUAUCAAAAGAGUAGCAACAUGGUUGCAGUAGGAGCGGCAACUGUUGAGACGGCAAGCUAUGGUGCUGAAAGUGGUAUUGCAGAUCUCAUGACGACCAGUCUUGCAGGUUCGGACAUAUUUUCGCCAGGCUCUACCAACCUGAGUAAAUUUCCGAUUGGUAUACCGAGAGAAAAUUGGGAUCAUGGAUACACCAUACUCCAUGCACUGGGGAUGGGCAGCAACUCGACAUACCUAAAUAGCCUCGUCGAAACAGGAAAAAUCGCAUCAAAAGUAUGGUCCAUUUUCUGGGGACGGAUGUGGAUAGAUCAACCGCUGGACGGACAGGUCGUGAUUGGAGGAUACGAUCAGGAAAAGGUCAUCGGGCAGAACUAUACUCAGGCAUUAGACUACAGCAACGCGACAGGAUGUUGGACUGGUAUGAAGGUGACUAUAUCUGAUAUUGAACUUGUCGACCGCACUGGCACUACCACUAGUAUCUUCCCUCUAAACUUUGCUUUGCCGGUCUGCAUUGUUCCACAACGCCAACUUUUAAUCGAGGCUCCUGGCUCAAUCUUGGAUACCUUUCAGAAUAAAACCAAUACUCAAACUACAGGAGUCUCUUACGGGCUACAUUGGCUCGCUCAACUAUAUGAUGCAACCAAUUGCUUUCAAGGAGAUUUGUCAAUAAAGCUUAGCUCUGGGCUUGAGGUGACAAUUCCAAAUAGUCAAUUUAUGCCUCCUUUUGUUACAAUUGAACGCAAUGGCAGUAGAGGGUUCAACCAAAGUGAAAGGGAGUUUCUUUACGGCGUCACAUCAAAUCAGCCGUCAACUUUGGGUCGUUACUUUCUGACCGCAGCCUAUCUCAUGGUCAACCAUGACGAGAACACUUUCACACUUUGGCAAGCAAAUCCAUCGACGGCCACAGAUCUUGUCCCUACGAUAUCCAAAGAUACGGUUGAGAGCUGUGCCAAUGUAACUACAAACGGCGCAGUGGUAGUUAACGGAACCCUCACAACAGAGCCUGGAGCAAGCGACACAACCGGAUUCAGCCAUCCAGCAACGGAUGCUAAGUCCGAAGAACAGACCGGUCUCUCUCAUGGUGCGCUUGCAGGUAUAGCUGUCGGCAUUGUCUCAGUCGUGGCUAUUCUCGCCGGAGUUGCUUGGUUUAUGCUCCGAAAGAAGAAGCAUCAGCAAGAGCCGAGACCUAUUGAAGUCGUAUACCAACAACCUCCCGCAUUUGUGCCGGAUAGCACAUUUGCAGGAUUUCAUGAGGUUUAUGGAACUCAGUCUAAAUACGAAAUGGACGCUAGCAGAAGGACUUACGAAUACGGGCACAGGGAUGAACCUGUACAAGAAUUGCCCUAG